AUGCCCGACAACCAGAAGCGGGGCAACAGUGACGACAAACCCGCCGACCCUCACCGCAAGGAGCCCGAGCCCAAAUCCUCCGCCGCCGGGGCCAACGAAGACGACCAGGAUGGCCGUUCGCUAGCCAGUCGCAUCCAAGAUUCCGCGUCUGGACUCGCCAAAAAUGUGUUUUCCACUUCGGGCCAGCCCUCUGCAGAGACCGCUCAAUUGCUGGCCGGCAGUGGUAAAGCCUCGUCCGCCUCGUCCUCCUCACAGUCCGCCCUAUCAGCAGCGCAACAAUAUCACGAAGCCACCGGAUUAAAUUCUUCACGGACAGCAGGUCAAGCACCGGCCACACGAUUCGAAGCAUUCCGAUCAUCGCUCACCACCCACGCCGGAGGGUUCGAGCUUCCCUCGCUCACAGAAGAUGAAUUCCAGCGCACGUAUGCGGGAGAAUCCCUCAACGGCAGCAAUGGAAUGUACCUUGCAGCAACUGCCCCAGCUGCCGCGGGUUUAAGCACAGUCGACACGGGCAAAGGCAAGGGGAGAUGGACACCGAGUCAUCAUGCUGCCGGUGCAGGGGGUCUGUCUCAGGACAAACAAGGCGGACAAGCGUCCGCCCUUCCGUCGGACGGCGCCGCAGUCGUCUCCCUCCUCUCCGAUUUGACCUUCGACCCCAACUUUCCCCCGUCCGCCAACGAGCCAGCGGAGAUAAUCGAGACCGAACUCUCCGCGCCAGCCCAGCUCACCCCCGCGGAGAUCCAGGCUCUCGAGUCUUUUCGUCGCGUGCUUCCCACUUCUACCAUCAACACACACACUACCAACCACGUAAACCCGCAUAGUCUCGUUCCUGAUAUUAGCAGCUUCCUCGAGUCCGUCCCGUCAGCAGCCAAUGCAGACGCCGUGACCCUGCGCGACGCGGUCCUGACGGGAUUACCAGGCGCAGCGGACUGGCUCGGGGUGGAGGAGCGAUACCACGACGAGGUAUGGGGCUACCUGCAACCUACUCUGGAGGCCGCCGCCCAGGAGCUACAGUCCAAGGACAGGGGGGGCUCAGAUGGCCAGGAGGCGGAUGGCCCUGCUGUACGACGUCUGAGGAUGAUCUUGAAGCAUAUGCAGACUGGUCCUGGUGCGAUGGAGAAGUAG